AUGAAAUUGCUCUGCUUGAUCUGGAUUCUGGGAAUCAUAUUUACGUUUGUUUCCGAAUCCGUUUCUAUGUUGAUUGUGGGCAAGGCUAUCAAGGGUAUGGCAAUUGGAGUUGCCUUUGCCACGGUGCCAACCUACUUGUACGAAAUUAUUCCCCUUAGAAGACGCGCGAGAAUGUUGACCCUUUUCACGUUUUUCUGUGCUUUGGGGAAUUUGUUUAUGUUCUUGUUGCCAAUAGUCUUGUCGCAUUCUUUACAAGGGGAGCACUAUCUAAAUUUCCAUUGGUUGGUAGAGCUCAUCCCUGUAACGUUUUUAACUAUAGCCGUGCUCUUUAUCCCUGAAAGUCCGAAAUGGCUAGCUAGUAGUGACAAAUGGACCAGAGCAGCGGAUAUCCUUGAGUGCAUUGAAUGGAAAAACUCGGGAAACUUGGAGAGACGCAAAACUAGAAAUGAGAGAGUCAAGCUUGGCGACAAGCACUUUGUCGUUAAGAAAUACUCAACUACAGUCGAGAUCAAAAGUUGCAAUAUCAAUGCACUUUUUGGCAGAAAAUACAUCAAGGAAAUUACUGUGGGUAUUUUGCUACAAUUAUUGGUUGAUUUUAUGGGGGUCUCAAAGUUGGCUGAGUCUUUGAAUUAUAUUUGCAGUGCUUGUCAAAUCACUUCUUUGGAAGAGCUAAGAAUGGUGCAAACUUUUGUUUUAGUUGUCAGGUGUUUGUUCAUGAUUAUUCCUAUUCUAGUGCUUGACUCCAUGAAGAGGAGAGAUGUGUUGGUGUUUGGAGUUUCCAUAGUUUCCAUCGUUAUGGUUUCUUAUAUGAUCAUGUUUUUAGCCUUUUCGGUACGGCGACCAGCACGUUCGGCUUAUUUGAACGUUGAUUGGGUUUUGAAGGUUGAGUUUUUUAAAGAGAGAGCUUCAUUGGUAUUGGCACUUACUGUUUUCAUGGACGUUUUGCAUUACGCUCUCAUUCUACCCAGCAGCUGGCUACUCAUUUUGGAAACUUUUUCCACCUCAUCGAGAACUAGAGGAUGGGUAUUUAUCUCGAGUUUGCACUGGUUGUUUGCGUGUUCGACAUCCUUGGUGUUUCCAUUUUUGUUGCUGCAUCUAAACGGUUGGCUAUUUUUCAUCUUCAGUUUAGUAUGCAUGGCGGCGGUAGCAAUGAGUUUUACUAUUCAAGAGACGAGAGAAAUAAUGCUUUUAGACUCUAGUCAAAUUGUGUUUGAAACAGCUAGGAACAAAAUGGGGAAAACGUCAACUUUGAUUGAUACCAAAACAGAUUCAGAUUGA